AUGAGUCGAUCUAAACAACCUCCUUUCCCAACGCAGCCUGCGCCUGCGUCAGUGUCCGCCGUAGCCGCCCAGCUCGGCCAGACGACUCAGCCCAAGGCCCCCGCCAAACGCAAGCGCAAAGCCAGCAAAACCUCCCAUCCCGCAGCGUCGCCCCAGCCUGGUGACCAGUCCACCGUCAACACGGUCCAGCCGCCGUCUUCCCUCAAGGCCUCCCGCCCUCUGCCCACUCAAGCUCCACCCCCCAGGCAGCGCCUCCGUGUUGCCCCUGUCAACCCCGAGCCAUGGGUGUCCAAGGACAUUGUGGAGCGAAUGUUUGCCCGCUUCGCGCAGUCUCGCGGUGGCAUCGUGAUUGACGGCAAACCAUUCUUCACCUUUGUGGAGGCCGCGGCCCCGUCCGUGUCGAUCUGGACCCCGCAGCUCUUCGCAGACUUUAUGACCUACUACGCCGCGAAUGCCCGCCCCCGCCGUCCAGACAGCCCGCUCGUCGACCACAAGGCCCUCUUCACCUUCCAGCAGGCUGUGCGCCGCAGCUACUCGCGCCGCCACAUCCGCGCUCUGACCAAGGAGGCGACGACUGAGGCUACCGCCGCGCGUCAUGUCGCUGAGAAACUCACCACCCGCCGCGUGCCCCGUCCGGUGCUUACCCCUGCAGAGGCGCUCCGCCUUGCGCGUGCGGUGUGGAGCCCAGAGUACCACGCCACAUUCAGGCGCCGCCUUGACGUCGCCCUCUACAUGGCCCUCGUCCUCGCUACCGGCGUGCCCAGCACGAACAUCUUCCCCGCCGCCAUCCCGGGCAAGGGCUACGACGAGGGCCCAGUCUACAUGCUGCCUGCCAAGAAUGAUGGCGCGCGCUGGUCCGACGUCGAGAUCUGGAUGACCAGGUAUGGUCCCGCUGCCCAGUUCUCGUGUCGCGCUGAGGGAGGGAGGCGAUACACGCUCAACGACGGGAACAGUCUCGGCAUGGCUGCGUCCCGCCUCAUGGCCAUCACCAUGUGCUUUGAUGAGUUGUACGGGUCUGGCUGCCACCUGGGCUACCUCCUUUCGAACGUGUUCUGGAGUGUGAACGGGCACGAUGCGCGCAUCGUCGCUUUCAACCAGGAGCUUGCCGACAAGCACAUCUUUCGCCUCGAUGACGAGGCCGAGACACCCAUGAUGCGCGAGGACAUGAACUUUGAGCUCGCUCGCUUGGCGGAGGCGGCCGGUAUUGAGCACGAAGUCACGACUGGAAUGUUCCGCCGCCUCGUGGCGCACAAGGUGUUCGAGCAGCACAUCACACCCCAUGCCUGGGUCAACGAUGACGAGCGUUCUCCGUCACCGCCCCUGCGUGAAGUCAGCGAGACAGACCUCGUCCAGCGCCCCGACCCACUCACUCAGCGUCCCAUUUCGCCCGAAUCGCCUACUCCCUACACGGGGCAGCCACGCAACUGUCUCGUCGACAGUCCCUCUGACAUGAAGUCCAUGAAGUCCGGCCCUACAUCGCCCACAGACUCAUUCAGCAACCACCUCUCGCCCCCCGGUCCCAGCCAGCCGAAAGUGGCGGUCCACCACCAGCAGCUGUUUGGCCAGACCAGUGCUCUGCGCGGACAGUACGCCCAGCAAGCCUUCGUUGGGGGCCAGACUGGCGUCUCGGCCCAUGUCGCCAUGUACGGCCAGUUCCCCAAGAUCAGUGAUAUCCGCGGCAUCGCGCCCAGUGUGCCCGCCAUGCCUGUCUUUGCUCAGCCGCAGUCUGCCAGCUACAGCACGCAGGCGUUUGCAGACUCCUACCACCCACAGACUGCGCUGUGGCCUCAGUCCCUGCAGUCGCAGGCGCCUCCUGCGUACCCCCGUGUGACUCAGCAGCCAGCCAACGCGGGGUACGCUCCCAAGGACCGCGGCCUGCCGACGCCCGACGACACGCCGCCCGACACGUUCCAGAUGUUGCCUGGAUUCAGCUCGUUCGUGUCCCAGAACAAUGCGGGCAGCAGCAGCACCAGUACGUCGACAGCAUACACUCCCGGUCUGGGUUUGAUCUUUGAGUCGACGGGGGACGUCACCGCUGCCCCGAACGGCCAGGACAAGCAGACCUCUGCACCUGAUCAUACCCGCCAGGCGAGCAAGAAACUCCCCGAGCUGCGCCCCCGUUCCCAUGCCCCUCCCGUCGUUCCGCGCAAGAUCAUGACGUACCAGGAGCGCGUGCUUGAUGCGGUGUCUCGCUGGAUGGCGGGCCCUGCAUCGGCCCUCCAGAAUGGCGUCGACCUCGUGUACACCAUGAUUGAGUGCGACAAGCGCCUGCCGCGCAACGAGAGGUACGACCCGAGCGCGUACGACGAGGAAGACGUGGAUACGGAUGAAGAAUAG